GCCCCUCUCUGUCUCCGGUGCGCCUGCGUGCUGGUUCACACCGAGCGGCGGACCGUGCGCUGGCCGGACCGGCGGCAGAGGGGAAAAAAAGGGGGGGGGGAGAGUGCACACUGGAUUCUCGGAGGGUCCCGCACGGCAACGGAAGCUGGCAGCAAGUGACAUUUAGACGCGAUGUCGCGCGGGAUACGGGGACCUAAGAGCAGCAGCGAACGGCGGAGGAAGGCGCGCGGACGGCCGGGGAUGCAGCACUGACGGCCUGAUUGGUACCCAGGAGGAGCGAGCGUGCUGGACCGACCGGAUCGGAUGUGAAGCCGCAGAGGUUUUUGAUUCGGUAGGCAGGAGGAGGAGACGGAGCGAGGAGCAACUGACGGCACAAAACGGAGGAGAGAGCGCGAGGAGGAGAAGGAGGAGGGAGGCGGCGGAGCUGCACGAGGAGGAGGAGGAGGAGGAAGAGGAGGAGGAGAAAGGAUGAAUCCGGCAGAUGGAGGAGGAGAAGCGGGCCCGGACGGCCAGGCGACGGCAGGUUCUGGUAAAGGGGAGUCUGUCCGGGCGGUCGAUGUCUUGACGGUGCUCAGAGAAAAAGUGGCCUUUGUGUCGGGUGGACGCGACAAACGAGGUGGACCAAUUCUCACCUUUCCUGCUAGGACCAAUCACGAUCGAAUAAAACAGGAAGACCUCAGCCGCUUGGUUACUUAUUUAUCAACUAUCCCUAGCGAGGAUGUGCGUGCCCGUGGCUUUACCGUUGUGGUGGAUAUGCGGGGCAGUAAGUGGGACAGCGUGAAGCCGGUUCUGCGAACACUACAGGAGUCCUUUUCCUCAAACAUCCACACAGCACUACUCAUCAAACCGGACACCUUCUGGCAGAAACACAAGACCAACCUAGGCAGUGCCAAGCUGAGUUUCGAGACCAGUCUGGUGUCAGUGGAGGGUUUGUCCCGACUUAUUGAUCCCUCUCAGCUGACCGCUGACCUCGGAGGUUCAUUGGAGUAUGACCAUGUGGAGUGGACUGAGCUGCGUCUUGGUUUAGAGGAGUUCUCAGGGGCUGCCACACAGCUACUAACCCAACUGGAGCAGCUGGAAGCCGGGCUGAGCCGCAUACCCGAGCCUCAGGACAUUGAUGAGGCCCGCAAACUCUUGGAAGAACACACUCGCCUCCGCAAUAGCAUCGCCACUGCGCCUGUUGAUGCCCUCGACCGAGAAGGGAAGUGUUUACUUCAGCGGAUGCGCCUAGGUUCAUCCCACGGUGAAGCCUCAAAUGAGAGUGGGGGUGGUGGGGGAACUUGGUUGUCAGGAGGAGCAGAUUUCCAGAGCGUGGCGCCGAAGGUUUCGUCUUUAUUGGACCGGCUGCAGGGGGCUCGCAGUCACUUACUGCAGUGCUGGGGUGAUAAGAAGCUGCACUUGGACCAGGCACUGCAACUCCACCUGUUUGAACAGGAUGCUACCAAGAUGUCAGAGUGGAUCGCUCACAGUAAAGAGCUCUUCAUGCAGAGUCUGGCAGAAGUCGGUCAGAACCACCAGCACGCUCUCGAUCUACAAACGCAGCACCAGCAUUUCACCGCCAACUGCAUGAACGGCAGUGUGAAUGUGGACAGUGUCGUUACCGUGGCAGCAAGGCUCGCGGAGGCCGGCCACUACGGAGCAGAGCGGAUUGCUUUGGUGUCGUCAAAGUUACAGGACAACUGGAAGUCAAUGACAAGUGCUCUGGAAGAGCGGAGCAACAUGCUUGCCAUGGCAACCGGUUUCCAUCAAGGGGCAGAGCAGUUUCUAGCCCGAGUGGAGGGAUGGGUUAAACUGUGCUCUGAAGGGCCAUUGCCAUCAACAACAGCCGAGCUGGAACCUGCAAUAAAAAAACACCAGGAGCUCAAUGAGGAGAUUUCAGCCAACUACACACAGGUCAGUGAAAGCGGUAAGGCAUUGCUGGAGGUCCUUCAGCGUUGCCCCACAACAGAUUCUGACGAAUCAGCAACCAAACCAGAUUUCACUGCGGCCACACACACCAUUAUGGGGGUUCUACACCAGGUGAUGCAGGGUCAUCACGAAGUAGAGGGAGCAUGGCAGCAUCGUAAGCUCCGCCUCCACCAGCGCCUGCAGUUAUGUGUGUUUCAACAGGAUGUUAAACAGGUUUUGGACUGGGUGGAGCAGCAUGGAGAGGUUUUCCUGAACAAACACACGGGUGUGGGGAAGUCCUUGCACCGGGCACGGGCGCUGCAGAAGCGACACGAUGACUUUCAGCAGGUUGCACAGAAUACGUACACCAAUGCAGAGAAGCUUCUGGAGGCAGCAGACCAGUUGGCGCAGUCUGGAGAGUGUGAGGAAGAGGAGAUCUACCAGGCAGCCAGAGACCUGGAGCUGCGAAUGCAGGCCUUCAUUCAGCGCGUUGAACAGAGGAAGCUGCUGCUGGACCUCGCCGUAUCCUUCUACACGCACACAAAGGAGCUCUCUGCAUGGAUGGAGGGCCUCCAGAAGCAGCUCUCCUCAGACCUCCUCGUGUGCCCGGACACUGUGGAAGCUCUGCAGGCUUUAAUCAGCCAACAGCAGCAGCAGCAGACCAACACUCAGGAAGCUGCGAUGAGUGUCAUCCGGGAAGGAGAAGACCUCAUCCUGCAACUCAGGCCUCAGGGCAGCUCGGUGGCCCAUGUGGAAUCGGUUUUGCAGCAACUGGAAGAGUCUCAUGUUCAGCUUGAGGAACUUUUUCACCAGAGGAAGAUCCGAGUGGACAUUUUCCUGCAGUUCCGCAUACUGCACCAGUGCACGCUGGAGGUUACAGCUGAGAUGGAUGCUUGGAAAAUGGACUUGGAAAAACAAUCCCAGGAAUUUUCCUCGGAGAAGGUCGCCUCAAAUCGGCUUGCUGAAACCAACCAGGACAAGCUGACCCAGGAUAAGCUGGCACUAGGACAGUCCCGGCUUGUGGAGUCCAGCCCGGAAGCGUUAACACUAGCACAGCAGCGGAUUCACAGGCACAUGGAACGGAGGCUGGCGAUGAACAACAUGAUAUAUGAGGUCAUCCAGCAAGGUCAUGACCUUCAGCAGUACAUCUCGGAGGUGCAGGCAUCAGGUAUCGAGCUGUCAGACGUGGAGGGUGGGCUGUCCUCUCAGGUGGAGGAGCUGCAGCGCCUCCUGCAGGACAAACAGAAGGAGCUGCAGCAGAUUGCCGAUCACACGCAUACGCUGCUGGAGCAGAACCUGCAGCUGAGACACCUCCAGAGCCAGGUCAAGCAGGUGCUCGGCUGGAUCUCAGAGGGGGAGGUGAUGCUGUCCUCCUGCAUGUUGAAUUCCAGCUGUCUGUCAGAGGCGGAGCAGCUGCAGAAGGAACACGAGCGCCUCCAACAGGCCAUAGAGGCUCUGCUGCACGCAGACUCCCUGCAGAGGACUCAUCAGGUGGCGCUGGCCCUGCAGCAGAGAGCGGAGCUGCUGGUCAGGUCUGGCCACUAUGAUCCAGAUGCAGUGAGGUCCUGCGCUCAGACUGUAGCGCUGCAUUGGCAGACACUAAUGCUCAGGAUUGAAGACAGACUCAAACUGGUCAAUGCGUCGGCUGCUUUCUACAGGACAUCCCAGCAGGUAUGUGGGGUCCUGGAGAGUCUGGAGCAGGAAUACCGCAGGGAGGAGGACUGGUGUGCAGGAGGAGAGAGGCAACCAGAGCAACUGCUGCCGCUAAUCAAUAAACACAUGGAGCAGAAGGAGGCUUUUCUGAAGGCCUGUACUCUUGCGAGACGGAAUGCAGAAGUUUUUCUCAAGUAUAUCCAUCGCAAUAGCGUCACCAUGGCAAAUAUCUCUGGCCAUAGCAUCACUGUCUCUGGGGUCUCUGAGGUUACUGGCCAUUCCAGAGUCCCUGAACAACAGGUCAAAGGUAUCCUUAGUGAGCUGCUCCAGAGGGAAAACAGAGUUCUUCAUUUCUGGACUUUAAAGAAACGCAGAUUGGAUCAGUGCCAGCAGUAUCUGAUGUUCCAAACCCACGCACAGCAGGCUCUUGAUUGGUUGCAGCAGUCAGGUGACCAUUACUUGGCCACACAUACGUCACCAGGUGCAACCAUGGCUGAGACACAGGAGCUGCUGAACCAAUACAGAGAGUUCUGCAUUUCUGCAAAGCACACACAGGAGAAGGUUCACCUGCUGAUCCAGCUGGCUGAGAGUAUGCUGGCUAAAGGUCACACCCACCGCACUGAGCUCCGCCGCUGCGUUUCAACAGUGGAUAAGCGCUACCGUGACUUCUCUGUCAGGAUGGGACAAUAUCGCCACCUGCUAGAGACAGCGCUGGGAGGCUGUUCUCAGGACAAUAAAGACCUGGAGCUGGAGCUGAUCCCCAAUAGUCUCUCGGACUCUGACCCAGAGGUCAACCUAUCUGACCCAAGUCACCAAGUCAGUGAUGAGAAAAGACGGUCCGCCCGCAAAAAGGAGUACAUCAUGGCAGAGCUCCUUCAGACAGAACGAGUCUAUGUCAGAGACCUGCAGGAGUGCAUAGAGACGUACCUGUGGGAGAUGACAAGCGGUUCAGAAGAUGUUCCACUCGGUCUUGCCAACAGUCACUACACUGUGUUUGGAAACAUUCAGGACAUCUACGAGUUCCAUAACAGUAUUUUCUUAAAGGAGUUAGAGAACUACGAGCAGCUUCCUGAAGACGUGGGACACUGUUUCGUCACCUGGGCUGAUAAGUUCCACAUGUAUGUGACGUACUGCAGAAACAAACCAGACUCCAGUUUAUUGAUCCAACAGCAUGGAGUGGGAUUUUUUGAGGAGGUGCAGAGGAGACACGGACUUGCUAACUCCAUCUCCUCUGCGCUGAUUAAACCGGUCCAGAGGAUCACCAAGUACCAGCUGUUGCUUAAGGAGCUGCUGGCUUGCUGCGAGGAAGGCAAGGGGGAGAUCAAGGAAGGCCUGGACGUGAUGCUGAGUGUCCCAAAGAGAGCCAACGAUGCAAUGCACGUCAGCAUGUUAGAAGGUCUGGAGGACGGGGUGGAGGUGCAGGGAGAGCUCCUCCUGCAGGACUCUUUCCUGGUCUGGGAGCCUAAGUCUCUGAUAAGAAAGGGGCGGGACAGACACUUAUUCUUGUUUGAACUGUCACUCAUCUUUAGCAAAGAGAUUAAAGACUCGUCCGGCCGCACCAAGUAUCUCUACAAAAGUCGCUUGAGGACGUCAGAGCUGGGAGUGACGGAGCACAUAGAGGGGGAUCAGUGUAAGUUUGCACUGUGGGUGGGACGAACGCCGACAUCAGACAACAAGACCGUCCUGAAGGCUUCAUCCCUCGAGCUAAAGCAGGAGUGGGUUCGCAGUAUCCGACAGGUGAUCCAGGAGAGGCGGGGUCACCUGCGAGGCGCACUGAGGGAGCCUAUCCCGCUCCCAAAAACCCCCAACCCCACGCUGGGACGACAGCGCAGCAUCACCCGCAGGGAGACGAGCGAGGACGCAGACAGCCUGGGUGAUGCCAGCAGUCAGCCUGACACGGUUUCCAUCGCAUCACGAACGUCGCAGAACACUGCCGACAGCGACAAGCUCUCUGGGGGCUGCGAGCUAGUGGUGGUGCUGCUGGACUUCACCUCUGGAGGACCGGGAGAGCUCAGCGUCCGCUGCGGCCAGACGGUGGAGCUGGUGGAGCGCUCUGCAGACCGGCCUGGCUGGUGUCUGAUCAGAACCACGGAUCAGACGCCCCAGCAAGAGGGUUUGCUGCCCAUGAGCGCCCUCUGCCUGUCGCACUCCCACAGUGCAGGUGACAUGGAGGGGCUCCUCCCAGCCUCCACCACCUCCUCUAGCACCUCCUCCACCUGCACCACCACCUCCUCCUCUCUCAACUCCUCCUCCACCACCACCUCCUCAUCCACCAUGAGCGCAGCAAAGGAUUCCAGUCUGUUCAGUUCUGAGGGUUCAGGCCUCCCGACUCAGACCAGCAGUCAAAGUGCCACCUCCCCCACCGUAGGUGGACCGGGCGGAGCUCCAGUAGGUGCAGUAGGGUCUCCGGGGCCCAAACGGAGCGGCUCUGGCACAGGCAACACGUUAAAGCGGUGGUUGACCAGCCCUGUGCGAAGGCUGAGUCAGGGAAAAGCUGACGGACAGAAAAAACCUCCAAUCAGAGCCAGGAGGCGGGACAACAAGCUCGAGCUGGCCACGCCCCUUACCGUAAAUACACAGAUGCAGAAGGCAAGAAAGGAGGAGGCGGGGCAAAGUGGAGGGGAGGAGGAGCAAGAGGAAGAAAGCCACACCCCAUUACCUCCACCGAUGCAGAUUAUGAAAGACCCCAACAAUCCAGAGGCUCUGGACUCAGAUCAGGGAUCAAACGAGUCCGAUACUGAACAGAGAAACAAAGCACUAAGAGGACGAAUGUUUGUUGUUAAUGAGAUGGUCCAAUCAGAGAAGGACUACGUAAAGGACCUAGGAGUGAUUGUUGAGGGCUUCAUGUCCAGGCUUGAGGUCAGGGGGAUCCCAGAAGACAUGAGGGGAAAAGACAAGAUCGUGUUUGGCAACAUCCAGCAGAUCUACGACUGGCACCGCGACUUCUUUCUGGUGGAGCUAGAGCGCUGCAUCCAGAACCACGAUCUGCUGGCCGACCUGUUCAUCAGACAUGAGCGUCGUCUGCACAUGUAUGUGGUUUACUGUCAAAACAAGCCCAAGUCGGAGUUCAUCGUCAUUGAGUAUGAGACCUUCUUUGAGGAGAUCCAGCAUGAGAUCAGCUGCAGGAUGUCGAUCAGUGAUUAUCUGAUCAAACCCAUCCAGAGAAUCACCAAGUACCAGCUACUACUGAAGGACUUCUUCAAAUAUACGACCAAAGCAGGGCUGGACACUGAGGAGAUUGAGAAAGCGGUGGAGCUGAUGUCAUUGGUUCCAAAGCGCUGCAACGACAUGAUGAACCUGGGACGCCUGCAGGGAUAUGAGGGGAAGUUGACGUCUCAGGGGAAGCUGCUGCAGCAGGAGACCUUCUGCGUUUGGGAGCAGGACGGGGGAGUCUUGUCUCGCAGCAAAGAGCGCAGAGUCUUCCUCUUCGAGCAGAUCAUCAUCUUCAGUGAACUGCUCCGGAAAGGCUCCAACAAUCCAGGAUACCAGUUCAAGAACAGCAUCAAGGUGAGUUACCUGGCCAUGCAGGACAGCGUAGACGGCGAUCCCUGUAAGUUUGUGCUGUGGUCCCGGGGCUCGGCAGAGCGCUUCACUCUACAAGCGUCCUCCGCCAGCAUCAAGAUGACCUGGGUGGAGACCAUUGCCACUCUGCUGGACGCCCAGAACAACUUCCUCUCUGCUCUCCAGUCACCUAUUGAGUACCAGAGAAAAGAGGGCGGGAUUUCAGUGACCCGUCCACUGUCGUCUGGUCGUCCACCGUCUGCUCCGCCCACGCCUAACGGCCAUGCCACUCAACCUCCUGCUGACAGUGAGGAUGACCAGGAGCUGGUUCAGGUGCUGCAGGACUUUGUGGCCGUGCGGGAGGACGAGAUUUCCGUGUUUCGGGGAGAGAAAGUCCAGAUUCUGUCGUCCAACCAGCAGGGUCAGAGUCUUGUUUACAGACCUGCCAACACCGACUCGCCCGCCGCCGAGGGCUGGGUGCCACGAAGCGUGCUCAAAACACACUGACACAAACACACCCACUACAACACUGCCUGACUGCAGGGUCGGACUCUGGUUUACCAACAACACACACACGGCACCAGCUGGGUCAACGGCGCCAUCGGGACUCUUGGGGAGGAAAGUGAAGAUGGCAGUGUCGACCUCUGGUCCUGAUCACAAAAUCCCAACUAAAACGAGAAUCAACAACAACAAACAAGCUGCUGAGUUUGGACAUUUUAAAUAGAAAUUCCAUCAAUCAGAUCGAUUUUGCAUCGUCUAUUUAAACAGAAUAUUUCUGCAAAUUGUUAGCAUCAUAUCAGGAGAAAGAUAUACUUUUUACAGUAUAAAUGCACGUAUAAUACCAAGGAAAUUAAAUAAAUUUUCCAGGAAAACAAGCAUGAUUAAAACCAAAGAAAGUAUGUUGCUCUUCAGAGACCCCACCGCCCCCACCCCCUUUAGACUGUUUACUAAAAGGGCCCGUGUUUACAGACACCACCAGGUAUUAGCGCGAUUCAUGCAAUCAACCCAAAGAGCAGCAGUUUACUGCCAUAAGUGACAAAAAAUGCAACAAAAAAAGCACAAAUUUAUUUGAGAAGUUGGAGGCAUGUGAGGUGACCAGAGGUAACCGAGGAUGUCCGGCUACCCCUAAAAAAUACCCCGUCUACUACCCCAGUGCCUGGUGUGUUCCCUCUGGGCCACGGCAACAUGCAACACGAAGGCAACUUUUACGUUUUUCUGCAAAAAGCACUCCAGAUAUUUCUGUUGCAAACAUCCCACAGCUGAAACAUCCGUGCCCCCUUAAGAAACCGGACCGGUCGGCACUGCCAUGCGUUUGACCCUGACAUCUGGUUGCAACUGACACACACACACACAUGUGCGCAGCAGCAGCGGGUACUGUUAGCGUCCUCCCAUCGUUCCUGGUGCUUCAACCUUCAGCAAAAAACCCCGCACUUUCACCCUCUGUCCAACGAGACCUUCAGGCCUGCGGAGCAACCAAUCACACUCUCCGAUGACUGUGCAGACGGGCGAGAAGGAGGUCAUGUGACCACAGCAUCCUUUAUAGCCAGUCCCGGGACUCGAGCCGGCGCGGCAACCAGAGACGGUGUCCGACAAGAAGCAUAAGACAGUCAGCUAAUCAGAACUGAGCUCCCCGAGUGUUCAUAGUGUGUAUAAAGACUGAGAGCUCUCACAUACCACUGCUACCGUGACGACGAUGAAGAUGAGUAUGAUCCUUCAGAAAAUAGAUUCUGUUUUUCACCUCGAAAGAGAGGAAAAAAAGAGAGAAGUUGUUAUAUCAAUAUUUGUGUGUGAAAGAGAAAAAGAAGUUUGUGUGAUACUUUUUGUUGGUGUGUGUGAGUGUGUGUGUUUUACCAUGGAAAGUUAGAUAACAUCCUGGUGUACUGCUGCCAUGACGACCCGUUGUGUUAGCGGCCAUACCCAUUCACUUUGUAUCGAUGAUGGCCUCAUCAGUCUCCUCAUUGAUGCUCCCUGUUACCAUGGGAACCAUCAAAGAUGGAGGACGGCCUCAGCUCUGGUCCGGUCAAAAAUCCCGAUUAUGCAUCUGUUGUUUGUGUUUAUUGACCAGAAGUUCAACUGCUAACGCUGUGGAGGAGCGGGGGGGAGCUGUUGGCGCCAAAGAACUGCAGCCAACCUACUGUGACUCUGAUUUCUCUUGAACACGCACUCCACCUGUCUCUCCGUCCAUCUCCUCCUCCUCCUCCUCCUCCUCCUCCUCCUCUACCUCUGUCUUCAUCUUUUCCGUUUUCUCGGGUGCCAUUCUCAGACAACACUCCAGUCCUUAAGGAGCUGCACGCCCUGCAGAGCGACAGGCGUGGAGUAAAGUGUCAUUCAGCAUAAAACGGCUUUGGGUUUGAGGGUCGGUGUUCGAGAACAGGCUCCGCUUCUUUAAAGUCUAUCUUCAUGCAGCCUUCACCGUCCAACCUCUAAAGAUUUCGUCUGCUCCUUUAUAUUACCAGGUAUUCCAACUUAAAAUGACCUUUAACCCUUUAACAUUACUACUGUAACUCCUCAACUGUUUGCACGGUUACCCUAAUUCCAGCAGAUUCCGAAGCCGAGAAAAGCAGCUUUCCACCGCUAUGCCACAUUAUCUAUUGUGUUGCACAUCUGUGCAAAGCCGAGAUAAAAAGCCACCUCCCUCUGCAUCAGAAUGAGCUGAUUCACCUCGAUCAGGAAAAUAAUCACAGAGCCUGUGUUACUAAGGUGUCCCCAACUUCAUCUCGGGCGUUAAAGGGUUAAAUUUGUUCAAGUGAGGCAACUUUUAUAAAGAUAUAUUUGUAAUAAAGUUCAUUUUAAUCUUGUAACUUUUUAAAUUUUGUUUUAGUCUCUCCCGUCCUCCUAUAGAUGCUGCUUAUCUGAUCAGCAGCGAAAUUCACGGUGUGCUGCCAAGGCCGCUCAACCAUUUUGGAACAGCUUUCAAAUAUGUGAAAUGAAAAAAAACACCGGAACAAAUAUGUUUUAAUAAUUACAACACACAGCAAUUGAACAAAUUUCAGUUUAAAAUGACAAAAAAUAAUAAUAAUAACAAUGAAAAGAUCAGCCCAUUGAUUUCUACCAAAUUAUUUGUUUGCAGCCUUGUGUUGUGUCCAAAUGGAUUUAAAAAACUCUACUACUUUUUUAAACACCUAAAAGGAUUUUUUUUUUUUUUUAAAAAGACUAAAUUGUGGUUUAAAUUUUCAUCCUGGUAGUUUGAUUAUUGCAGAAUGUUUGUCUGAGAGCAGAUGGGGAUCAGUAGUCAUGUGCUGGAAAAAAAAACAAACCCUGAAAAGUCUAACAGGUGUAAACGGGAUUUUCUGGUUUCCAUAUUCAAAACUCUUGCGUUCAGGCAUAGCUACGCUUAUUUCCACAACCGUUUACAAAAUGCCAAGCCAUUGAGUUCAACUUUGACCAAUAAGGUUCUCUGUUUGGAUAAUGUCCAAAUUAAUUCACAGAAGUACCAAGCGUUUGAAAACUUAUCAUGGAGGAGAAAUUGAUAUUUGCAUUUUUAUGCCAAUAUUUUAUGACAGUAGAUCUUUCAUUUAUCGGGAUUGAGCUGUCAAAGGAAAGCCUGGAGCAAGAUUUGUGAGAUUUGUCCGCUCUGCACUGAUAUUUCGCACCAAGCCUGUUCCAACCGUAGGUGGCAGACAUACGUUAGUUAACAGACCAGUCCAGUUUGAAAACCAAGAAAACGUUGAAGAAUGCGCGUUAGUGCGAUGAAGAGGCUCAGCUUUAGUUAAACAGGAACCAACUUUAACAUUUUACUUUAUUUUGAAAGGCAAAAAUAAAACAGAAUAUGGAGGAGAAGCUUUCUCCUGAUGAAUUUGGUGGAAUCUUUUUCUAAAUGUAGCAUGUUUUGUUUGGUGGUAACAAAAAAGGUUCAAUUAUUCAAUUUUCUUAAGAAAACAAGUUUUUAAAUUGGAUUUGGGUCAAAUAACAAAGCUGCAAUGUUUUCUUUAAAAUAGAAAAAAUGUUUUCAGGCUGCACAUGAAGAUAGACUUAAAAAAAACUGUAUUGACGAACAAAAAAAAAGAAAUCUUUAAAGUGACUUUUCUCGACUCCAAACUGUUGUACAUUCUAGAUUCAUUUAAUCUGGUUGUUCUGCUGCAUGUCGGUUGCCUGCCUUUCAAAUUUUCAUACGAAAAAAACCCAGAAAACAAUGAGCAGGUACUCUGGUCGCGUCUAUAUUUCUCAGAGAAUUUUCUAAGUUCCAGGUGUAGAGCAUCCAAACAACCGUGACUAGAAUCUGUUGUAAAAUACAUUUUGAGAAUAUUUUCAGCCAACGGUGCAUCUCUUUCAACUGUAUUUAAAGAAGUGUAUUUAAAAAAAAGAUAUGCAAAGCUGUAGCAUUAACACCAUGAUUUACCAGAGAUAGGGUUGAUGCCGUCUCGUGUGUUGCACUUAAAUGUAGUUUGACGAUGUUUUGAAGACGACUAUUGUAACUAAAAGCGUCAGUUGUAACUAUGACUGUGAAUGGAGCUGAAGAAUGCCUGACUGAUAAACAGUUGGUUAUAGAUAUUUAAAUUCAAACUUAGUGAAGAAAAAAAAAAAAGAAAGAGCAGUACGAGAAACCUGUUUUCUGACAAAACCUACAUUUUUGUCAAUAUUGUGACUUUCAAUACUACAAGAGAAGCCGAACACCAAGUAAUAAUGGUAAUGGUGAACCUGGAGUGCAUGUUGGGCGGUAAGGGGGAACUGAAGAGCACGAUGAAGGGAAAAAAAAUACCCACAGUGCACUCUGAGGGGUGGAAAGUGGCGCACUUUGAAGAGUCUCUGGUCGGACAAGAAGUUUGAAGAACAAAGUGUUGCUAAAGUUUUGGCGAUUGUGCAGUAAGUAGGCUUCAAGCGGGAAAUAGAAAGCCUGAACUCAUGCACAGAGCAAGGUUUGAGACAAAUGGCAGUGCAUUAAGGUUGAGAGUGGAGGAGAAUGCACUGUAAAAGGGCGAAGGGUGCUGUUUGAGACCUCGCCUUCUUAUUUUAUUUUUUUGCCCCCCGGCAAACUCAACUAACCAAUCAAACAGUAUUUGUACAGAACUAACAGCUGCUAACGUGACUGCUAACAGCUCUCUGUUGUUGUUUGUAAUAAAUUUCAUUUUUCAUCCAAAA